AAAAAAUCAUGGUUUGCGAAGAAUGCAACAAAUCGUACACCAAUCGAGAGCUUUUUAGAUCGCAUAAAUAUAAACAUAGGAUGCUUAAAGAGGGAAAGUUUACCUGCAAAAUUUGCGAUAAGAGAUUCAGAGAUAAAUAUGCUUUGACCAUUCACCUGCAGGGUAUUCAUUUAGUAUCCAAGCUUAUUAAACCAGUAUCAAGUAAAAAGGGUGAUUUGAACGAACCGGAUGUUAAACAGUUUCCAAAAACCAUCACGAACGAAAACGGACAAUUCAAAUGCACAGAAUGUGACGAGAAAUUCGAGUUUCUGUACCUACAGCAGCGACACAUUCGACGGCAUACUGCUUUGAAACAAGAGUUGUACAAAUGUGAAGAAUGCAAUAAGGCUUUUGCCUCGAAUCCGGAAUUUCUCAGUCACAUGAAACGAGUUCACGAGCAAUAUGCAAAAAAAGCUUUGCAAGUUUCCGUGAAGGAAGAGGAUGGAGUCUUCAUCUGCAGUAAAUGUAACAAAACGUUUGAGGAGCGACACUUGUGCCAGCAACAUAUUUUGAAACAUUUAUUAGUGACGAAGGAAAGAACUGUUUCCUGUCCCAAGUGCCCUAAAACUUUCAUAUCAGAAAAAUAUCUUGUAAAACACGAGGCAUGGCACGAAGCAUCUAUCAAAAAACUAAGUGAAGUAAUAAAAUGCGAUGAGUGCAACAAGACAUUCAAAACAAAACGCAUCUUAUCUAGACACCUUAGAAGGCACGCGGCCAUGAAGGAAGGCAAAUAUCAAUGCAAGAUUUGCAGUAUGCGACACGCAUCUGACUACGAGUUAAAAAUUCACACAAAGAGGCACGAAAUUAACGUGAAAAUGCCGUCAGUUCCACCUCCAGUUAUAAUUGUAAGAAAUGAUCAUAGUGCAUUCCAAUGCUCCGAGUGCAGUAUGGUGUUCACCGUCCGACGGGCCUAUAAAACCCAUGCGCAAAAACAUAUAAAUAUACGAAAUGGCAUGUAUAAGUGCGAUAUUUGCGAAAAGAUAUGCGGAUCUUCCCAUAAUCUCGACACGCACAUGCGGAGACAUCGAAACGGAGAGAUAAAAGAAGUUACUCAACGUAGAGAACUGUCGUAUGAAUGCUCAAAAUGUGAUAAAAAAUUUGGCAGGCAGCUUCUGUUAAGUAAACACUUCAAAAUUCACGAGGCUAUCGAAAAAGGUCUUUACAAGUGCAAGUUAUGUGGAAAGUAUUUAGGGUCACCCAGAUCGCUCGUACUACACGAGCAAAGACAUGAUGCCAAUAAGAAAGCAAGAAAUGCACAUAAAUGUAUCGAAUGUGACCGCACGUAUUUUCGCAAGUAUUCCUUUAUCUGCCAUGUUAAGGCGAGGCACGGUGGAAAUGAACCGAAUCAACGAGAAAAUGUAAAAAUCGACAAAUGUUGAACAUAUGUUACUUCAGUUUUUCUUCUUAUGAAAUAAAAAGGAGAUUUAUGAAAAGAAAAA